AUGGCAGUUAAACUCGAGGACACUGCAUCUCCCUCAAAAGUCAACGUAGGACUAGACGGAACCAGCGAUGAUGUGGUGUUGCACUCCGUGCCUACCAACGCUACUGCCGACUCUGGCGCUGGCAUACCCCUUCUUUCAAACCAGUCAGUCUCGGUUGUCGCUGAGGUACCUCCCGGAAGCCGCUGGAGUGUCAUUGAAGAGGAUGACCUCGAACGCGAGAAUAUGAGAGUGAAGAGGCGCAGAUUAUCAGUGGAACCAGUAACAUCAGUACUUGACACAGUAAAUACACCUCAGUCGACAUGGCAAGAGCAACUUCAAGAUGCCGCCAGAACUUUAAUUGAGCCACCACAAGAAGACUCUGAAGAUCAGAAUUCCAUGUGCCACUAUCCUCAGACCACUGAGGGCGAGUUCAAUUCGCAUGAGACUAACCCCGUACCGGCAUAUUCAGCUCAUCCUUUUUUGAAUGCUUCAUCAACCACAAAUGAGAUCGACUCUCCUCAAUCUGUACCUGAUCACCUUCCGCAAACUGACGGUGCCAUGGAUGACCCUCCGCUGAAGCGCACCAAGCCUUCUUCCACACCAAGCAACAAGAAGCUCCGGAGCGAGCAUGGUAAACUCAGCUUUUCACCCAAGAGACCACCGCGGUCUGGUACUGUCCAACAGAACAUCAAAGCGACCGAGUCAAAAAAGCCAGCAAAAACAUCUAAGAAAGUUGAGAUGAAGAACGGAAAAUUCGUCUCUUCAUUGCGUGUUUCAUUGCCUUAUACUGCUCCAGACUCGGGCGCUAGAAUCGACGAGAUAUUGUCGGGCAAACAUCAAAGGACCAGCACUGAAGUCACGGCGCAGCGAGUGAUAGAGGCAGCGAGCAAGCCUGCCGUAGCAAAGACGACUCAUCCUUUCUUUCUCGGGAAGGCUACAGCCAAGACGCAAAAGCAGCUAUCUGAUGUGAAAAGCGAGUCGUCGUCUGUGAUAAUCACCUCUGAUGAUGAGGCUGGUACCAAGCCAAAUCCGAAGGUACCAAAGCCGUGGAAAGACAUCGUGUUCGGAUCCGAGAAGCUAUCUAAACAACUUACUCCCUUGCUGCCUUCAAUUUGGCCUCCAGCUUUCCUACAACAUAUCCGACCCGAUCAUUCAUCGCACGCUCUGCUCCCAAACCAGGCUCUAGCCUCAAAAAAUCCUUCCAAGUUGAAGGAUAAUGCUCUCCAUAUCAGACCUGAAGAAGACAUUCUUUGGAAUUUUUCUCGGUAUGCUGUUCCCGGUGCUGGAACCUCCACCAUUCACAUGCCCAGACGGCGAGUUAUGAGCGGUAAAUUUUACUCGGAAACCGUGGAUGCGCUACUUGAGACAAGCAACAACCAGAAAGCCUGGCCAAAUCCACUUAUGUCCUUGAGCACACGCAUUCGAUCUACGCCAAGUUGCUUCGACAAAGGUACGGCCGCAGGACCUCGCAUAUGGUCUCACGAAUAUGCCCCAGCUUGUUGGCAAGAUGUACUGGAGAGUCAGAGCAAGGUCUUGCAUGACUGGUUGAACAGUCUGCGAGUUCAUCAAGUCCAGACAGGCGGGUCACAGAAGGCAAACCCACCCGCGGCCAAAAAGCUGCGCCGAAAGAGAAAGUCUGAAGAAAUGGAGGACUUCAUUGCAGACUCAGACGACGAUGAUGCGCGAUCGACUGCGAACGGAAAGAACGCCAUCCUGCUGGUAGGUCCACCCGGCUCCGGUAAGACUGCAUCCAUCUUCGCGGUUGCACAGCAACUAGGUUUCGAGGUUUUCGAGAUCAACCCGGGCAUGCGGCGAAGUGCAAGGGAUAUCCAGGACAAGGUGGGAGAUAUGACACACAACCAUCUUGUGCAGCAGAGCAGCCCGCUGAGUAGAGAAUCCACUGUCUCUAUCGAUGAUGAAACACGACUUGUCCAUGAGCCCUUGCCUUCGAACCAGAAGACUACGGCAGCUUUUAUGAGUUCCGGAGUUGCUAAGAACGGGAAGCAGCAAAAGCUGGUUGGCCCGAACCAGAGCAAGGAUCCGCCAGUCAAGUCGCAAAAGCAGUCUCUGAUCUUAUUCGAGGAAGUCGACAUUUUGUUCGAGGAAGACAAAGGCUUCUGGAGUCAUGUCAUCUGGCUGAUAAAGACCUCGAGAAGACCUGUCAUCCUUACUUGCAACGACAUCGACUCUGUACCCAUUGACGAGCUUGACCUCUUCACCGUGUUACGCUACGGUCGUCCGGAGAUGGACCUAGCUAUACAACAUAUUGGACACAUCGCCGCAGCCGAGGGCCACCUCCUGAGCAAAGAGGCAUUAAAGAACCUCUUUCUGACCAAAGGUCAAGAUCUACGUGCUGCGAUCACAGAGCUCAGUCUCUGGUGCCAGAUGACCGUCGGCUCUCAACAAGGAGGACUUGACUGGAUGCUAUCGUAUCAAGACAGGCAGGAGUCCAGCCUCAACGGGUCGAUAACACGAAUUAUCAGCCAAGACACAUAUAUCAGCGGACUCGAUCUGCUUCCGGAGCAGUUUGAAGACACAGAAGACCUGAUCCGCUUCGCCCGGGCCAGCUUGGGCAUUUCGCCUCUGGACUGGGUCGAGGAAGAUAUCUACCCCUUUGACGCGGCAACUACGCCUGCCCAGACGCUGACUGACAUGGUCAUCCUCUCCGACGCAAAGAGCGCAAUGGAUCUCUACGAUGACUCCACGUCGCCUCUCCUCGCAAGCGCGAUAAAGAGCCUAUCCACUUCCUCCCACGAAAUACGAUCAGCCCAAAGGCACGAAGUCGUACGCUUAUACCUCAAUCAACUCCCUUCCAGCCGGUCUCAACUCACCCGCACCACUAUUUCCGCAACACUCGACCCGCUUCUCGAAGAAUCCCGAAUCGGACUUCCCACAGGCCUCGGCCGCAAAUCUCCCUCCCUCGACAACCCGUCAGCUGUGUCUGUCAUCACCGAAGUGGCGCCAUAUAUCCGCUCCAUCGUCUCCCAUGACAAACACCUCGAACAGCUCCGCAAUGAACUGCACAGUGUCAGCCAAACUGGGUCGACUAAACGCCAACGACGCACGAGAGCAAGCCGAGCAGCAAUGGAAGGCGGCGACAAAGGCACGACCAGACGGGACAAGUGGUUCCUCGAGGCAUUGGAUUGGGAUGCCGUGCUUGGAACGGGUAACGGUUGGCCAACGGCGAGGGACGACGAUUCUCUGCUGCUGACGACACGCGGAGAGGAAGAGGGAUCCAGGUCGGCGGGUAUGGAUUCCAAGGAGCAAACACCUAGUCCUAUACCGUCAGGCAGGAUGGACAAGGCCACAGACACAGAUGUCGAAGUAUAG